GAACUUCAAGCUCCGUCUCAGAUGUCUACGCGCCUCCACGCGUCUCUCUCAUUGUGAAAGGGCGGGGGUGGAGAGAGGAGGCAAGAAAAAGGAAUUGUUUCCAAUCCUCGCAUUCAUCAACAUUAGCAGCAAUUGUAGCUGUAACGGUAAUGAUGUGUAUGACGAUACCAAGGCAGGACUUGUGUCCUUAGGAUAAUAACGACAGAUGUAGAACCCUCAAGCCAAAUUGUCUACAGAUGCAACCCAGCACAGAUGUGGUAAGAUACGAUACACAUCACUCAUCACUUGCAUCUGCCUGUCAACUUUUUUUUCGAAGUCUUUUUUUGUCUCACAUUUAAUGUCUCAUGGCAAGCCACUGGGCACAGACGUAAGUUCAAAGUCUAGUUUCGAUUUACAUUUGCUUGAGUUGUCAACUAACGUGAAUUGAACGUGAAAUCAACGGGAGAAAAGAAAUUCCCUUAAGUUGUUGGCGUUUUGCAAUUCUUGAAAUGACGUGGAAAUAACGUUGAUUCAUCCAGUUGUUGACCAGUGGGAAGAUUAAAAAAAAAAAAAUUAAUCGUUUGUCUGUUUGGGGUGGGACAUUGUAAAAGAGGGCCAGAGAGAGAGAGAGAGAAGAAAAAGACAGAGAGAAUAGUCCAGAUGUGAGAUGUGACGCGCUGCCGGACGAGCCAGACACGACGAUCCAGUGUUGUUGAUGAAGAAUAGAAAAUGUUCUACCAUCGAGGGAAAGUCUGCCUGCGCUAUUGAUGGGCUUUUUCAUUUCUAACGGGUGUAUGUGUGUGUCUGGUUAACCGUCAGAGGUGAAGGAUCAGAGGUCACAGCAGGUCGGAGGCUAGAGGUCAGGAGUCAUGUCUACCGUAGCAUUCCAGAACCUUCCUCUCAACAUUUAUAUGGUCAUCUUCGGGACCGGAGUCUUCGUCUUCGUGCUGAGCCUCAUCUUCUGCUGCUACUUCAUCAGUAAACUGAGGCACCAGGCCCAACGAGGGAGGUUUGGAUAUAAAGCGGUGGUGUUCAAAGGGGAUACAAAGAAACUCAAUCUACACGGGGUUAGUUCUGUCACCUGUUUAGUCUCUCUCUCUCUCGCUCUCUCUCAUCCCCUGGUUUAUUUUUCUCUCUCCCCAUUGCUCUCCCUCCCCUUCUCUCAAUCACAGCAGACAUGUGCGGUGUGCUUGGAGGACUUCAGAGUGAAAGAUGAGCUAGGAGUAUUGCCAUGCCAACAUGCCUUUCACCGGAGAUGCCUGGUGAAGUGGCUGGAGGUGCGCUGUGUGUGUCCCAUGUGUAACAAGCACAUCGCUGGGCCACCUGAACAACGCCACAGCCUGGGCACACUGCUGGAUGAACUGGUGUAGUGGGGUUGCUAUGCCGAUACAGCUGGAAAUGAGUGGUGUAGCAAGAUGCUAUGACGAUGCAGCUGGAAAGGACUGGUGUAGGAUGUUGCUAUGGUGGUACGACAGGAACAGACUGGUUUAGAGGUCCCGGAACGGACUAUACAUUGCUGAAGCAAAAUGACCUGACAAUCUGUUAUUAGGGACCAGUGACGAAACCACAUGACACCAUAACUAUAGGGAAACAUAGCUUCAGACUUCACACACUCAUGUAUUGAUAAGGAGAUGGGACACAUGGGCGGCAGGUAGCCUAGCAGUUAGAGCGUUGGGCCAGGUUGCUUGUUUGAAUCCCCGAGCUGACAAGGUGUAAAUCUGUCGACGUGCCCUUGAGAAAGGCACUUAACCCUAAUUGCUCCAGGGUCGAUAACGGCAGACCCUGGCAGUGACCCCACUCUCUGAGGGUGUCUCAGGGAGAGUUGGGAUAUGCAAAAAACAAAUGAAAUAGGACAGAUAUAAGCACCCACCAAAUUAUUACCAUUAUGGUACUGUAGUAUGUCAUGCUACACCUUAUCAUGUAGAAUCAGUAAUUUAAUGACUGACUGCUCGAGCCUAUAUAGUACGCACUCCACCAGCGUGCCCACUUUUCAACAGACUUCUUCAUGGAGAAUGGAUUCACAAAGCCACAAAAUCUGGGACUAAAACUCCGCUCUCAACCCUCAGUCACUGUCUGGAAGAGGGGCUACCUGUGAAAAGAGGACUUGAGAUAACUCAAGGGCUGUAUUGCUGAACGCCCAGAUAGAAAUAUAUGAUGUAGAACAGACAUGCCUUUCUGAAAUCUGGAGUGAGGAAUCGUGUCAGCUCUAUUCAUGGCAUAUCUAUCUGCAAUGUCCAGUAUGUUACAGCCUGGGGAUGAUGACAUACAGGUAUCAUUAUUGUGACACAUUAUUUUCCGACUAUGCCAUGUGUGUGUGCGUGUCUGUGUGUCUGUCAGGUCUGCAUCCUGCUUAUAUUAAGUGGGUGUGACAUACACUCCUGUUAUGAACUGUAGGAGGGACCAACAACUACAUUUUUUUAUCCUGACUAGUAUUUCCUUGCCAAACAAGCCUUUCCAGUUAAUUAUAUGUAAAGUGAAGGGAGAUUUGGAACCAUUCCUUUCUGUGCGGUAACGUGUACUGAAGCUCAGGCACUGCCCAAUGUUAAAGUAAACAUUCCCCAUGUGUACAAUAUCUGCUUUUGGAAAUAUGAGAAAAUACAAUGUGUCCUGCUUUGA